UUUUCCUUAUCCUCAAGAAUCUAUGCAAGGAGAGCAUAUCAUAUUAUUUUAAACAAUAAAUCAAUUAGAAUUUUGUAAGUAGUAGAAGAGUUCUUCUCUGCUGAGGCAGUGAAGCAAAAUCAACCCCCUCAAAGAAAGGAGCCCAAAGCAGUGAAUAAAGAGAUAUGUUACAGAAUCUUAAAUUCUUACAAUCCACCCCACAGCUACUUCAACCUCCAACUUCAGCUGCCCCUCUCCCACAGCUCCAUUCCACUUGUUUUCCCAUUCUGAAACAGUUCAAAAUCUCCCGGCGAGAGCUUACAAUUUGUAGCAACUCCUCACUGCUUCUUCUCUUAGGUUCUCAAGCCCUUGAGUCUAAGGCAAAGGCUGAAGAAAGUUCACCCAACGACAAUCAACAGAAAGAAGAGAAUGUUGCUACCCCUAAUCCUAACUGCAGCAACAAAGUUCCUACCAAACGAGCUUUUCUUGAUAUAGCAAUUGAUGGAGAGCCCGUUGGCCGCAUUGUUAUUGGACUAUAUGGAGAUGAUGUUCCGGUAGGGGCAGCCAGGUUUGGUAGUAUAGUUAGUGGAGCUGCUGGAAUUAGCUACAGACGAAAAGAGUUCGUUAAGAUUAUGCCAAACUACGUGCAACAUGGUGGGUUGAGAUCAUAUGGUGUUGAUGCUGAGCUUGCCAAGAGAAGUGGAAGCAAUCUGGCCGUUGAAAAAUUGCGAGAGGAGUGGGAGAGAGAGUAUGAAAAGUGUCCAGGAGUUAAGAACUUGGCUGGAACGGUGAGCAUACUGGUGAGGGAUCCCUCCAAGCCGCCUCCCAAGCUAAAGCUGGUUGCACGAAAGGGGAAGCUGGAGAUUGAUGAAGAGGAGAUUGGAACCGAUCCUAAUGGCACAGAGUUUGUGAUUUCUAUCAUGGAUUCACCAGAACUGGACGCUUCUGCUCUUGUAAUUGGACAAGUGUUGGAUGGAAUGGAGGUUGUAAAGAGAAUUGGACAAGUCAAGACUGUUCAAGAGAACACUGCUUCUCCUUAUUUCAGAGUGGCCAAGCUAAUAGGCGAUAAAAGAGCUGUUGUGGCAGAAAGAAGCUUCAAUCGUCCCUACGCAAAGGUGGUAAUCAACAACUGUGGCUUGAUGGACUGAAUAAAAUCUCCUUUGCAUGCUUGCUUUCUCAUAUUGUUUCAAUUUUUGAAUGAAGGGUGACCAGUUCUAUGGUUAUGAGAUAAAUACAAGUAUUUCUACAAUUGUAUUUCUACUAAACCCCCAUGAAAUUCUAUCAAUGUCAAUUGCCCAAA